AUGUCUUCUGUUAUCUCAGUGGUUAAAAGAACCGGUGGAUUCCAGAGCAACUCGAUUGAAAGUGAUUUUGAGAGCGAUGAGGACAUGUCCUAUGGCAGCGAUGUUGAAGAAGGUCAAGAUGCCGACGGAGAUAUGGAGAUGAAAGAGGAGAAAGGAAAGGGUAAUUCAGAUAUAGUUACACCUGGUGAGUUGAUCACUGAUGAUCCGGUGUGGAUGAGAGGUCAUGGUACCUAUUUUCUUGAUAAUAUGACAUACUCUUCUGUGGCAGGUACUGUCUCUCGAGUAAAUAGGUUGUUAUCUGUGAUCCCUUUGAGAGGUAGGUAUGCUCCAGAAACUGGUGACCACAUCAUCGGUAGAAUAGCUGAAGUUGGUAAUAAAAGGUGGAAGGUAGAUAUAGGUAGUAAGCAGCAUGCUGUCCUGAUGCUAGGGUCUGUGAAUCUACCUGGUGGUAUAUUAAGAAGAAAAUCAGAGAGUGAUGAGUUACAGAUGAGAUCAUUUCUGAAAGAAGGUGAUCUUCUUAAUGCAGAAGUUCAAUCUUUGUUCCAAGAUGGUAGUGCGUCUCUACAUACAAGAUCGCUAAAAUACGGUAAGCUAAGAGAUGGUAUCUUCUGUCAGGUUCCAAGCUCUCUAAUUAUAAGAUCAAAGAAUCAUACACACAAUCUACCGGGAAAUGUUACCGUACUUUUAGGUGUUAAUGGAUUUGUAUGGUUGAGAAAAACAUCAAAAAUGGAUCUUACAAGAGAUGCACCACCAGGUGGCAGUACUGGUGCUGGAAGAGAAUCAUCUGUCGGUCCAACUGGUGCUACACAUGUCAACACAAACACAAACAUUUCUAUUACAAGAUUAGAGGAAGAAUCAUCAUGGCAAAUAUAUUCUGAUGAAAACGAUCCGACAAUAAAGAAUAGUGAAAGAAAGACUAUAUCUAGAUAUGCCAAUGUAAUAAAAGCUUUGGCUUUUUGUGAGAUAGGUAUUACACAGGAAAGAAUCAUUAGUGCAUAUGAGGCAAGUAUGGCUUUCCCAAAUAUUGGUUCAUUAAUAGAAAAGGAAACGAUGGAAUCAAUAGGUAGAGAUGUAAUAACAGUAGAGAGAAUGAGAGGUACUGAACAAUAA